AAGAGAAACUGCCUGUUCAGACAUAUGAAAGAUAUGCUGUGUCAGAGUUUCAGAAGUCUUUCCCAUGCUUACUACUUCCCUCUUCUCUCUCUCUCUCUUUCCUUCUCCAUCUCCACUCUAACUUCCCAAUUUCUAAUUCUUCCUCACACAAGAAUUUUCCUUAUCCUCUCUUGGAAAUGCAAGAUAUUCAUGAUUACUCGAUGACCGGAGGCGUCGGAGGAGGAGGAAGUACAGGGAGGUUUUUCGGUGGAGGAAUAAGCGGCGGAGGAGGCGGAGAUCGGAGGAUGAGAGCGCAUCAGAACAACAUCCUAAACCAUCACCAAUCUCUCAAGUGUCCUCGUUGCAAUUCUCUUAACACAAAGUUCUGUUACUACAACAAUUACAAUCUCUCUCAGCCUCGACACUUUUGCAAGAACUGUCGUCGUUACUGGACCAAAGGCGGCGUCCUCCGUAACGUCCCCGUCGGAGGCGGCUGCCGGAAAGCCAAACGAUCUAAGUCUAAGCAGCAUCCGUCGUCGCCGUCGCCGCCGUCCGACGAAAAACCAACGACGCAAGACGUCGAGGAGAAAUCCAGUAGCAGCGAGAGCUCUUCUCUAACCGCCUCUAACUCCAACGUCGCCGCCGUCGCCGCAACCGCCGCCGCAACCGCCGCCGCCGUGAAGGCUGCGUCUUCGGGUUUUACGGGUACUGAUAUGCCUAAUCUGAAACUGUACGGAAACGGGAUCGAAUGGUCGACGUUGAUCGGACAGGGUUCAUCGGACGGUGGAGUUUUCUCCGAAAUCGGCGGUUUUACUGCUGCGCCGUCGAUUGAAACGACUCCGUUUGGAUUUGGGGGCAAUUCCGUAAAUCAACAGUGCAUAGCUGAUCAUCUGAAGUUGGAAGGUGAUACUGUGCAGCAGCAGUUUGGGGAUCGAACGGAUCAGGUUGAUCCGAAUAUGGGAUUUGAACCGUUGGAUUGGGGAAGUGGCGGAGGAGAUCAAACACUCUUUGAUCUAACCAGUACCGUUGAUCAUGCAUACUGGAGUCAAAGUCAAUGGACGUCGUCUGACCAAGAUCAGAAUGGUCUCUACCUUCCUUAAUUCUCACAGCUUCUUCUCCUUCUUCUUCUUAACCCCAAAAAAAAUAUUUUAUACAACAUAAGGUAAAGUUUGAUGAAGUGUUUUAUUUUAUUUUAUUUUUAUGGGUUGAAAACGGGAUUUAUUAUAUAAUAUAUGACUGCUUGUAAAUUUUUUCCCCAAUAUAAAAUUUAGCUCUUGUUUCUUAGUUUUUGGAAUAUCCCAAGAGUGAAAUUUUAUGUGGCAUGGUUUUAAUUUGGUUUCGGUUUACUUAUCGUUGUAUAUUUGAUAAGAUUUUAAUUUUCUGGGAUGUUUUUUCAUUGAUGUGUCUAAUAAACUUAUAUAUUGAUUGGACAUACAAAAACUUGU